AACCGUUACGUUAAUUUUAGCCCGUUGUAUUAAUUAAUUACUCAAUUUUAGCCACCCAAUGGUUGUACGGUUAUAACUAUUCCAUUUCUAUCAUUUACUAAAAAUGUUCUGCCAACUAGAGGAAACUAGAAAUAUUAAGACUACAUUAACCAGCAGGCUUUGCAGGGGAGUGACUGUCCUUGUUGCCUGGCAACGCCUCUAAACUAAAACGGACUUCGGGAGUCAGAAAAUUAGGAGACAAAUUUACCAGAUAGCGGAAAUGUCGGAGGAUAACUCGUCAACUGUUGGUGAACAGGCUGAGAGCACACAGGCAGCUUCACAGGAAAACACUGAAGGAUGUGAUACUGAACACUUGGUGAUGCAGCAGGAGACUGAAGAGGAAUCAAAAAAGCAGCCCUCUGCAGACAUGUCCUACAAGUACGAGGAAUUUCACUCCAGACCUUUCAUCACACCUGACUCUGAAAUCCCAGAGAACCUCCUGCACCUCUCUCACUCUUUUGGCUAUGACAGCGGGCGCAGGGGAAACCUGCAGCUGCUGGAUGACAGAACUCUGAUCUUUAUAGCAGGCAACCUGCUCGUCCUGCUGGACGUUUCCACCAAGGAACAGAGAUACCUCCGCUCCUGCAGCGGAGGAGGAAUCGGCUCCAUCACGGCACACCCUAGCAAGGAGUACUUUGCUGUAGCAGAGAAGGGAAACCUGCCCAACAUCAUAGUCUAUGAAUAUCCUUCAUUACAACCCGUCAGCGUCCUCAGAGGUGGUACAGAGCGGGCGUACAGUUUUGUGGAUUUUAACCAUGAUGGGAGCCUGCUGGCAAGUGUGGGGAGCGCACCAGACUACAUGCUGACGUUGUGGGAUUGGAGACAAAAGGAGGUGAUACUGAGAUGCAAGGCCAUUUCUCAGGAAGUCUACCGAGUUACCUUCUCCCCAUACAACCCGGGACUGCUCACAUCAUCAGGAUCUGGACACAUCAAGUUCUGGAAAAUGGCCAACACAUUCACAGGUCUUAAAUUGCAAGGGCUUAUGGGACAUUUUGGGAAAAUCGCAGAGACUGAUAUUGAGAGCUACGUGGACCUUCCUGAUGGAAAGGUGGUGUCCGGCUCAGACUGGGGCAACUUGCUGCUGUGGGAUGGGAACUCCAUCACGGUGGAGAUUUGCCGUAAGGGGGGGCGUAGCUGCCACACAGGGGUGGUUAAGCCGUUCGCCCUAGAAGAUGGGCAGCUGAUGACGAUUGGCUCUGACGGAGCAGUCCGGGGCUGGGACUUUGAGAGCAUCGACACUGCCGACAGCAACAGCCAAAGCAGUAGGAUUGAGCUGGAGCCAAUGAAUGAGAUGGUGGUAGGACACAACGUCUGCCUCUCCUCUAUGGUGAAGAGCUCCCUGCCUGACUCAUUCAUCUGGUUUGCUCAGGAUUCCAGCGGAGCCAUCUGGAAACUGGAUCUUUCAUUCACCUACACAACUCCUGAUCCAGAGUGCCUCUUCUCGUUCCACGCCGGGCCAAUUCAGGGCCUGGACGUGUCGAGGAAAUCCCACCUGAUGGCCACGACAGCUCUAGACCGUUCAGUCAAAGUUUUUGACUUCCUGGCAAAAAGAGAACUAACCACCAGUCGCUUCAAUCAGGGUGGAACUGCUCUCAGAUGGGCUCCACCUUUGGUGAACCAGAGUGGAAGCUUACUGGUGACUGGCUUUGACGAUGGGGUGGUCCGGCUACUGGAGCUGUACAACCCUCAGAGGCUGCAUUUAGUCACCGGGAGCAGACCUAAAGGAGAUGCCAAGCUGCGCCUUAAACAGGCUUUCAAACCCCAUAAUGCCCCUGUAACUGCUGUUGCAUAUGAGCGAAAUGGAGAAAUCUUAGCCACGGGGAGCUCAGACAGCACUGUGUUCUUCUUCACUGUUGGAGAAAAUCACAACCCCAUCGGCUUUGUCCAUGUUCCCGGGCCGGUGCAGGCGCUGGAGUGGUCACCUCAUUCCCACAGUGAAAACAGGCUGCUCAUCCUGUGUCAGAGCGGUCACGUGGUUGAGGUGCACAGUCCUGAUCCAGAGGCCCAGAAGCCGACCAAAACCUUCCACCUGCCUGAACUGCCCAGCAGAUUCUUCAGGUUCAGGAGCAUAAAAUCUCGUAUCAAGAGAGAUGAGGAAAUCGCAAGACGCCAAGCCGUAAAGGAGAAGAAGAAGAAAGAGCGAGAAGACAAACUGAAAGACUCAAUGCAGAUGUACCCAGAGCCAGAGGAAGAGGAAGAAGAGGAAGAGUUGCCCCACAUCUAUAUCCCUGAGCAUCCAAGUCCCCUCUUCUGUGGCUUCUACUCACAGCCUGGCCAGUUCUGGCUCUCCAUGGGGGGCUUUGACUCAGGUUACUUGUAUCACUGUAAGUUCUCAGAGGAACAGGAGCAGGAUCCAGACCAGCGACAGGAUGAGCCCUUUGACUUCCUGCCUGUCAGCGACGCAGACAACGACCCUAUUUGUUCUGUCACCUUCAGCUCCGACAGGCAGCUGCUGCUCUGCGGUAUGCACUCAGGUUUCAUCAGGGUUUACCCUCUGCAGCCAGGCGACCACAGCCUCACCUCCAUGCAGGCCUACUGGGCUCUCAGUGUGCACGACAACCAGUACGGACACUUGCGGCACAUCUGCUGUAGCCAUGACGACCUCUUUGUGCUGACAGCCGGAGAUGACGGGAACGUCUUUUCCUUCAGCGUGCUUCCUCCAGAGGAGCUACAGAAAGGCCUGCAGAAAAGAAGGGCCAAGAUUCCGUCACCCAGGGUGGGUCUUGAGGAUGAGGUGUUAUCCCAGGACAUUGAAGACCCAGCAGCUUACAGCAUAGAGACAGCUAAGCAGAAGCUGGAGAAGGACCAUCUGCAUCGGGAGGCUGAGCUAAAGAUUGCAGCAAAGCGGAAGAAGCUGGCCGAGCUUCAGAAGAAGUUUAAACGGCUGCUGAAUGCCAACCAGAGUCUGCCGGAGCAUGUUCGCUUGAAAGCUGCGGAGCUGCAGCUGGACCAGCGUUUCAGUGAGCAGGCAGAGAGGAUAAAGGCCCAGCGAGUUAGGGAGGUCAGACAGCACAUGGCGUGGGAGGAGGAGCGCUGCAGCAUAGCACUCAGCAAACUACAGGACUGGUUUAAGGACUCACUGGAGGCCAAUGUGGUCACUGUGGUCGCCAUCUGCACCGACCACAGAGUCUCCACCUACCCUCUGCCAGCACUCACCAAACCUUCAUCCCAACUCACACAUCAGAGGAGACCCAGCUGGCCUGACGGGGACGGAGCAGCUGCAACAGAACGCAGAAAAUCCAGAGCUGAACCCGUAAAAGACGGCAGCAAAAUAGAAGAGGAGGAGGUGCGGCACCACCCGGCAGCUCGUCCAUCCGGGAUAAAGCUGGCAGAUCGGCAGGUCGAGAGGCUCCAAAAGGAGGCAGAGAAGGCUGAACAAGCUCGAGCCAGGAUAGAGAAGAGGAAGCAGGAAUGGGCCCAACUUUACGCAGAGAAACCAAAUGAGAACUACGACGAUCCGCAGGAUGUGGAGGCCAUCCGUGAAGCCAAAGAGAACUUUGGAGACUUAAAACUGAAGUCAGCUAAAGACUUCACUGUGCCGAAACAUCUGAGGAUGAACACUGAGAGCAAGAGAGCAGAGCUGAUAGGCCUGGAGAAAAAUAUCCGCGAGAAGCAGAUGGAGAUGAAUAGACAGAUUGUGGCAUUGCGGGACUCCAAGGUUCACCUGGUGUCUCAGUUGCAUGCUCAGGCUCAGCAGGUCCAGAAGAUUCAGCAGCAUCUGGCAGCCCAUCUCCACCGCCCUCCACCCGCCUUGCCCAUCAUACUACCAGAGGAGACUCCAGAGAAGAGGCUGCAGUACAGCCGUGCCACCCUGGAGCGAUAUCGGCUUCUAAGGGAACAGAGGUUUCAGAGCAUGGAGCAGGAGGAGCAGGAGGGAGUCACAUCCAUAUUGGAGCAACUGGAGAAAGAGAUGGAAGAAGAGGAAGGGAAAGAGAAAGGAGCAGAGGAGGAGAGAGGAGAAGAAGGAACUUCUAGCCUGUCAGCUUCAUCUGUAAUCAGAGAAGAAGAAGAGAUACCAGUGGAAGACGGAGCAGAGCUGAGCGACCUGGAGGAGGAGCUCCGGAGGGAGGAGGAGAUCAGACUGCUGUAUGAGCAGAACUCUCUGCUGGAGCAGAUUGAGAGUUCAGUACUUCAGUUUGACGCGGAGCUCCUGCUGCUGCGUCACCAGAAGCUGCGUCUGGACUGGCAGCUGAAGAUGGCCGACCUCCAUCAGCUGACGUUGUACCAGGAGCUGCUGCUCCUCAAGGAGUUUGAAAGGCGGGAGGACAGCCUCCAGGAGAAGCUCAAUGGAUGCAUCAAGGAGGAGAACAGCAUCACGUCUAAGCUGGAGGAGUAUAAUGAACAGCUGGAACUGAAGCAGGGAGACAUCGCCAGGCUGCAGGAGAGAGAGAAGGCUCUGACUGCCACCUUCCAGACCUCGCUGGGCGAAGAAAACAAGUUUGAAGAGUUUCUGACCAAAGUCUUCAAAAAGAAGAUCAAACGUGUGAAGAAGGAGCAGACUAGAAAUAAAAAGGAUGAGGAGGACAGUGAUGAGGACUCUGUUGACGACGAUGACUGGGAUGAUGAUUCUGACAGCAGCACAGAGGAUGGAGGAGAUGGCCUGGAUGACAGCGUUUGCCCUCCAGGCUGUGAGCCAGAGUUGUUUGAGAACACACUGCAGCUGCGGGAGCAUCGACUGGACCUGGAGGAACUGCUGGCGGAGGAGAAGAAGAGUGCUGAAGCUCUGAAGAAGGAGUGCGACACCCUCGUCAAGAAGGAGAAAUCAGUGCAGAGCAGUCGGAAGGCAGCAGAGGAAGACUUGGAGUUGAUCAACAGGGAGAAACAGCAGAAAAUGAAUGAACUGGAUGUGGUGGUUCCUCUCAGACUCCACCAGAUUGAGCUUGUCACUAACGGUUCAGUGCCGUCUGACCUGAGCCAAGCAUUAGUGCUUGACAUGACAGAGUUUAACAGGCUGCAGGAGCGCAUCAAGCAGUUGCAGGUGGAGAAGAGCCAGCAGAAAGAGCUGUACUGUCAGGCCCGCCAGCAGCACGUCAGGCUCCUCCACGACCGCAAGGACUUGGAGGCCAACAUCCAGGUGCUGGAGAAGCAGUGCAACCAGCUGAUGAUGAUGAAGUUCGGGCGGCUGGUGGAUGUGGAGGCUCUGCAGACGCUGUCGGGGAACAGGGUGCUGGAAGAGCUCAAGCAGGAAAAACUCCUCAGAGAAGCUGCAUACGCCAAGGAAAUCAAAGAGUGGGAUGCGAAGGUAGAAGAAGCACGUGAGGUUCUGAUGGAGAGGACCAGGUGUAACACAGAGCAUCUGCGGUGCAUGCAGAGCCUCUACGACCAGAACAAAGAGCUGGAGCAUAAACUCAACGCACGGCAGAAGAAAGUGGGCAGACAGUUCCAGGAUUACAGAAGACGUGUGGACCAGGAGGAGAUUCGGAGGCUCCAGGAGCUGGUGAAAACACAAUCACAGCAGGCUGAGGCCCUCAGGAGAGAAAUUGGCGCCCUGUCUCGUAAAGGGGGCCACGUCCUGCCCCCCUGCCAGGCCCCGUUGCCCCCGCCCCCCCUGCCAUCCCCUACAGGCUACACCCACACCAGCAAACAAGGACCAGGGUAUGCAUCCAAACAGCUUAAAGCACAAAACUCACCCUGCAGAUCAGGAGCUAAUUAGGCAGGGACCAAAACACCUACACAGUUACUGUAAGGUGAGAGGUAACGUUCACUAAUAGCACUUUGUCAGGAGUUAUUGUUGUUUUUAAGUUUAAAAAAUACUUCUGUUUUUGACUACUGUGUUUGUUCAUAAUUAAAAGCCUAAGAAGAUGAGGGUGUUUUUAUUUUGUCUUUACUGAACGCAGCUCUGUAAAGUGUGAAGCCUCCCCGUCAUUUUUCCUCCCAUCAUCAAGUUUAAAACUGAUCUUAAAAAGAAACAGUCAACAUAUGCAGAGAUGCUAAAUGUGGAGUAAUGUGAUCUCUUUUCUUGGUUUUAGUUAAAUGUCUAGCAGCCUCAAGAAACUUAGGCAGAAUUUUUACUUCUGCGUGGAAUCGACACCGUACCUACAGCGUAGGCUCUGCAUCAACGUAGAGCCUACGUCGUAGCCUACACCGUAGGCUGACAUGCAACUCCCCAUAAAUGUAACAUUUUGGCAAAGUAGACCUGUCUAUUUUUGUCAGCUGAAACCAUUUUCCUCAGUGGAAACAAAGCUUUAAUUUACUUUAAUUUUGAACAUAAGAAACAAUAAAUUGUUAAAGACAAUAAAGCCUCCCCAAAAUAGCAUUU